AUGGCUCCAAAAUUAAUUUUGGGUUAUAUUAAUAAAAUUGUCGUGAACAAUUUCAACCCAUUUCUGAAACAGACACACUCCGCAAAACUCCUUCUGUCGUUAGUUAACAAAAACAUCUGCAAGUCUACGUACGGAAUGAACGUAGUAGUUAACCAGGUUGGAAGAAGUUGUAAAGAAAAACCCACGAUUGAAGUUACCUACAAGGAUGGAAAGAAAUCCGUAUUCCUUACCGACGAGUACGCCAUUGAUGCUCUUGUGGACAGAAUAGAUUCACACAGUCGACAUCUAAAAACUCAAGACAUGAUAUCAUAA